AAUAGGUUCAAGAUUGAUGGAAGAUCGGCCGAAGCCACGCGUCCAUUCAGCUCGCCUAUCCCGACGUGACUUUCAUUCUCGGACUUUCGACCACGUACUCAGUUAGCCAUGAAGCGUUUGCAGUCUCUGGGGUUGGCGCUGCUGCUAGGAACGACAAGUGCAGUAGCCGACGACAGACCCGUGAUCAACGUACUGGGGACGACGAUAAACCUCGAUCUGGACCCGAGUGUGCAGCACAUUCCACUGGAUCCGUACGACAAGAGUCUGCGACCCCCUCCGGCCAAGAUCCCUAGCACUUUCGAGAUCCACGUGGGUUCUUCGGUCUUUAGGGACGGCGUACGAUGCGGCAAGACGCUCUUCACUGCGCUGAAACGUGCCGUUUAUCCUGAGCGUUUUCGGUUUGGGAUUCUGGAGCAAUUAGUGGAAGGAGAUCCCACCUGCCUCGACGAGUACUGCAAGUUGGCGUUAGGAGAAUGGCCAGAUUACUCGGAGUGUCGCUAUAAAGACCAGAUCCAAGUGAAACCCAGACCGGCAGCGGAGGCUUCAGGAUGCACCACAGCGCGCCACCAACAGCAAGAAAUGAUCGGGGACGAAGAGUUUUGUCUCCAAGUGGAUGGCCACAGUAUCUUCACCAAUGGAUGGGACGAGAUCAUGCUCGAUGAAUGGAAGCGUAUCAACAACGAGAUGGCCGUUUUGACAGUGUAUCCGCACGAUAUCCACGACUUUAUCAAGGAGAAUGGAGACAACAAUGCUCCGGAUUGGAUCCCGCACUUGUGCACAACGAAAAAGGGAGGGAAUGGCCUCACACGGAUCGUUGGAGCCAGUAUCAAGCGCAACGCCAACUUUCCGCAGCUGUCGGCGCUCUGGGGCGGCGGAUUAUCAUUCAGCAAGUGCCAUGCCGAGAAGAAUGUACCGGUAGAUUCUCAUACUCCAUGGUUAUGGGAUGGCGAGGAAUUCCUGCGUUCUGCGGACUAUUGGACGCACGGCUACGACUUGUACUCGCCCAGUAGGAUUGGCAACGUGCUUUACCACAACUACUCCAAGAAACCGGCAAGUUUCUGGGAGUCUCCAGUCGACCCGGCCGUCAAGGCUUUGGACUCCGAGAGAACCCAUAACCGUGUCCGUCUUCGCGUUGGACUGGGGUUCAAAGGACAAGUGGAUGCGUAUGAACUCGAUAAGUACAAGUUCGGUACUGCGCGCUCCUUCCAGCAGUACAUGAAGUUCGCCAACAUGAGCUUUGAUGGGUUUAUGAACGAGACCAACUCGUGUGGCCAACUCCACUGGGUUCCCUACUCCAAUGCAAGCGAAGUGGAAGAAAUCGUGGGUAAUGGCUGGAAGAUGAAUGCUCCGUCUCCUCUUCCUGCACAACCUGUGGAGAAUGUACCUCAAGCGAAGCAAGUUGCUCGAGAAAUGGUGGAAACGGGCCAAGAAGAGGCGGAAGACGUGGUGAGACAGCAGGCGAUCAGUGCUCAUGUGAAAAAUGGUGCCGGUACUGGCGAUGAAAAGCCUCUCAUGCGGCAGGAAGUACUUUCACCUGAACGACGGAAGCGGUCUAACGCUCCGGCAUGGGGGCUACUCGCAGUAGUGCUGGCAGCGCUAUUUCUUACGCUCUCUAACGACAGCACGUCUCGUGCCAUUAGACAAAGUUGCAUCGCGAAGGCACCGCAUCAUAGCCACGAUUAACCUGGUACCAAAUAGCAGCGCUUUUACACCAUCGAAGAUCUUGAUUGCAAAUACAAUACACAAGCAGCAACCAACAUUUAGCAUUAUCAUGCCAACCAGGUCGGCUUUCUUCUCCCUGCCUCAACAAAAUCAACUUUGUUGAAACCACAGCAAGUAAAGGAUUGGUCAAGGGUUACUCCAAGUCGAUAUGCUCAUCGCUGCGUACUUACUAGAAUGGAAGUACCUCACAAAACAAGUGGAAAUACUGCAUAGACGUCAUCAACCCCAUGCGAAACUGGUCUCAACACUCACUAAGAUUGAGCGAUUAGAGGUCUCGGGAUGAUUAGAGUGGAUAACAUUUGGCAAAGGGCAUCUGCUUUUCUUCCGCUAAGAUAUGUACUUCGAAGUACUUGCUCCCUCGUUUUUACUUUCAGAUAUUCUUUUAACUAUACGGGAUGGAAUUAAUGAUAUUGCUG